UUCUGGGUUCGACUCAUUUUCUCUUUUCUUUCCUUUUAAUUAAUUAAUUAUUUAUUUGUGGCAAACGGACUUCGAUUCAUAAUUCUUCUUAGUUUUAUUCCUUGAUUUCUCGGAUUCGAAUUUGAAUUUCUCACUCACUCUGUGAUUUAUCUGAUUUCAAUUUACUUUCACUCGGUUUCUCAAAAUUUUAUGUCAUACUCGAUUGACUAGAUCUACUAAUUAAUUAGAAAUUCUCAAAAAAUCUGAUUCUUUUCAUUCUCUGACUAAUGGGUUGUUAUUGUUUGUUUGUAAAAGUUUUGAGCUUUAGAUAGACAUUUAACCCAAAAUUUUCUUUUGUUAGUUCACUAUUGUGAAUAACAUUUUCUGGGUUUCUGUUCUCAAAGAAGUUUCAAAAUUUGAAUAAAAUAUUCAAAAUUUUCAUUAGUUGUUUGGUGUUUGAGUUUGUGGGGUUCUCUCAGAAUGGUCACAGUUAAUGUUGGAACGCUCCAUAAUGUGUUGGACCACGUUUAUGGUGCAUUUAUGCACAGAACAAAGAUAAGCCCACUAUUUUUCUCUAGAGGAUGGGGUGGCUCAAAGCUUGAAUUGCUGGAGAGAAUGAUCAAACAGCUUUUCCCAGAAGUGGUUGGUCAGAAUUGUCCUCCCACAUUGGUGAAACCUGUUUGGAACACAGUUUGGGAGACCAAGACUGCUUGUUUAAGAGAAGGGAUCUUUAGGACCCCUUGUGAUGAGCAGCUCCUAAGUGCAUUGCCUCCUGAGUGCCACAAUGCAAGGGUUGCUUUCCUUACUCCCAAGUUUGUGCCGCCACAGAAGAUGGCCUGCGUGGUUCAUCUUGCAGGCACUGGGGACCAUACCUUUGAACGGAGACUGCGCCUUGGUGGGCCUUUGUUGAAGGAAAACAUUGCAACCAUGGUGCUUGAGAGCCCUUUCUAUGGACAAAGACGCCCUAUGAUGCAGUUUGGUUCAAAACUUUUGUGCGUUAGUGACUUGCUUUUAUUAGGAAGGGCAACCAUUGAAGAGGCCCGCGGACUGUUACAUUGGUUAGACUCUGAAGAAGGGUUUGGCAAGAUGGGUGUUUGUGGAUUGAGCAUGGGAGGUGUACAUGCUGCAAUGGUUGGAUCACUUCACCCUACACCUGUUGCAACCCUUCCUUUUUUAUCACCACACUCUGCUGUUGUGGCAUUCUGUGAAGGAAUAUUACAGCAUGCUACUGCAUGGGAGGCACUAAGAGAGGAUCUUGCAGCACAGAAGGCUGCAAUGACUCUUGAGGAGGUGAGAGAACGGAUGCGAAAUGUAUUGUCUCUCACAGAUGUCACACGCUUUCCGAUUCCCAAAAAUCCUGAUGCUGUAAUAUUUGUUGCUGCUACUGACGAUGGGUAUAUUCCAAAACACUCUGUGAUGGAGCUUCAAAAGGCUUGGCCUGGUUCAGAAGUGAGAUGGGUCACUGGUGGGCAUGUCUCAUCCUUCCUUCUACACAAUGGUGAGUUCCGGAGGGCAAUUGUUGAUGGUCUUAACAGAUUAGAAUGGAAAGAGUCUCCAUCAUGAGAGUGGUGUCACCAUAUGAGAAGAUACUGCAUUUAUUCUCUUGGUAAUCUUCUUCACCUCACUAAACCUGUAAAAUGAAUCAUAACUGAUAUUUGAGAACCCCCCCCUACC